AUGCAGGGUGCGCGGCAGGCGGCUCGGGUGCUGCACUGCACGCUGCUUCCGGCGAAGGGCGAGCUCGGCUGGCGGGUGUCCUGGGCGACGUCAAACCCGGGCGCUGAAGCGGGCUGGUCGGAGGAGCUGACGCUGCGCUUCGGCGCGGGGGCGGCGUCGGCGCGCGUCCGGCUGCACGCGCCGCCGCUGAGCCAAACACGCCCGCCGCCGCCGCCGCUCCUGCUGCCGGGUGCGGCGGCGAGUGCGCCGAUCUCGCCGCUGCUCAGCCUCCUCAAGUCCGCGCUGCAGAAGAGCGUCCGGCGCGGGCUGGUGGCGGAGGCGGUGGCGCUCGCGGCGGCGCUGCUGAGUGUGGCGGACGAGCACGGGCAGCGGGUGGGCGAGGGGGAGCUGCUGCGCCGGCUGCCGAUCAUAUUUGUGGAGGACGACGCGCUGCCGCACGCGGGCUAUCUGCCGCCGCUCUGCUGGCUGAUGGCGGCGCACCCCAAGGGCCGCGACCACUCGCGAGUGGCCCGCCGUCCGCUGGAGUGA